AUGAAAUUUUCAACUAUUGCUUUAUUAUCAGCUGUCGCAACCGGUUCAAUUGCUGCAUACGCUAACGGUACCGUUACUGACAUUGCUACCACUGUUGUUACCAUUACUUCAUGUGAAGAAAACAAAUGUCAUGAAACUGCUGUUACUACUGGUUUAACUACAGUUACUGAAUUAGAAACUACUUACACUACUUACUGUCCAUUACCAACUACUGAAGCUCCUCAACCAGCUCCAUCCCACAACUCAACCGUUGCUGGUGAAUCAUCAUCAGUUGCUUCAUCAACUCAAGCUAGUGUUACUGCUAUUGAAGGUGCUGCUGUUAAAGUUGCCGUUGGUGGUGUUGCUGGUUUAGCUUUAAUUGCUGCUUUAAUCUAA